AUGCGCAUGUAUGGCUUCUGUCUCCCACGUCAAGUUCAUGGAUGUGUCCUAUGUGAGAAUUCCAAUGUACCAGCCACACAAAAGCUCACUGGAGCAGCGGGACACAGUCACAAGAAGCACCCAUGUAACUACUGCUUUGUUCUUCUCGUUGACAUCAAUGCAGACACUGCUUAUGACAUCGAAAAUUUUCACUUACGCAGUGAUGAAGAGCAGUUGCAUCAUGCAAAUUGCUCCAAUACUGCCCGUACAGAAGUUGCUUGUAAGACUAUCCUGGACGAGCACGGGGUUCAAUAUUCAGUGAUGAAUGAAGUCCCUGGAUGGAUGCCAAUGUGA